AUGAGAUUAGUCAACCUGAUAGCAACCAUAUCGUUGCUACUGCUCUCGCCGGCCCAUGGACUGCUCCGAGGACCUUUGGAAGGAGAAGCUGGGGCAGCGAAGGAUGCUGCAACUGUCGGAAAUGCUGAGAGUGGCCUAUCUGGUGCCACAACAGACAACACACCAAAGGUAAAUCGGCGGUUCUUGGCGGAAUCCGUUCCCUCCUGCUGCGGUGACUGCAAGUGUGAACGAACUGGAUCCACCAACUACUGCGACUGCGACUGUGGCUCCUGUGACAACAGGUCCUACAAUAGUUAUGGAGAUGCUUACUCCUAUGGAAGCAAGGGCAGCAAGGGCUCCAAAGGUAGCAAAGGUAGCAAAGGAGGAUCUUACUCAUAUGGAGAUGAUGGAUACCACCCUGAACCUGUUUACCACCCAGAUCCUGUCUACUAUGAUGAUGAUGAUGAUUACUACCCAGUCUACCACCCGGAGCCGGUCUACCACCCGGAGCCGGUCUACUACCAACCAGAGCCUGAAGUCCACCACCACUACUAUGUAGUGGAGUCCAGUAGCAAGUCCAAGGGCAGCAAGAGCAAGGGCAAAGGAGGCUCCUAUGAUGAUGAUGACGGCUACUGCUAUGGUGAUGAUUGCUCCAGUGGAAAAGGAGGUAAAGGAGGCAGCAAGAGCAGCAAGGGUUCCAAAUCCAAGAGCAAGGGCAAGGGCUCCUCAUCUCAUGAUGACUGCUAUGGUGAUAAUUGCUAUGGCCCUGUGGAUGACUACAAACCACCAGUGGAUGACUACACGCCCCCCCAUGAUGACUACAAGCCACCAGUGGUGGAUGAUUACAAGCCUCCAGAGGAUGACUACAAGCCACCACAUGAUGACUACAAACCUCCUGUAGAUGACUACAGCCCACCAGUCUACUAUGAUGAUGAUGACUACUACCCCCCACCCAAGCAUGAUGACUACUCCUAUGGAUAUGGUAGCAAGGGUUCCAAGGGCAGCAAGGGCUCCAAGGGUGGUGGUUAUGGCUAUGGAGAUGACUACUACUAUGGCAGCAAGGGCUCCAAAGGCUCCAAGGGUGGCUAUGACUAUGGCUAUGGCUAUUCACCAACUAGCCACUCAUAUGGUGAUGACUACUACCGAACUGGAACUGGUUACUACCCUGCAGAUGAUUACUCUUAUGGCCACGACUCCUAUGGUUAUGGAUAUGGUAGCAAGGGCUCCAAGGGCUCCAAGGGAGGUUAUGGGUAUGGUGAUGAUUACUACUAUGGAAGCAAGGGUUCCAAGGGCUCAAAGGGUGGUGGCUAUGGCUAUGGAGGUGGCUAUGGACAUGAUGACUAUGGCUCUGGAGGUGGCUAUGGACAUGAUGACUAUUCCUAUGGAUAUGGCAGCAAGGGCAGCAAAGGCAGCAAGGGCAGCAAGGGCGGAUCAUAUUCGUAUGGUGAUGAUGGAUACCACCCAGAACCUGUCUACUAUGAGCCAGAACCUGUCUACUAUGAGCCAGAACCUGUCUACUAUGAGCCAGAACCUGUCUACUAUGAGCCUGAACCUGUCUACUAUGAACCUGAGCCGGUCUACUACCAACCAGAGCCUGAAGUCCACCACCACUACUAUGUUACUACAUCCAAGAGCAAGUCCAAGAGCAGCAAGAGCAAGGGCAAAGGAGGCUCCUAUGAUGAUGAUGACAGCUACUGCUAUGGUGAUGAUUGCUCCAGUGGAAAAGGAGGUAAAGGAGGCAGCAAGAGCAGCAAGAGCAGCAAGGGUUCCAAAUCCAAAAGCAAGGGCAAGGGCUCCUCUCAUGAUGACUGCUAUGGUGAUAAUUGCUAUGGCCCUGUGGAUGACUACAAACCACCAGUGGACGACUACACGCCCCCCCAUGAUGACUACAAGCCACCAGUGGUGGACGAUUACAAGCCUCCAGAGGAUGACUACAAGCCACCACAUGAUGACUACAAACCUCCUGUAGAUGACUACAGCCCACCAGUCUACUAUGAUGAUGACGACUACUACCCCCCACCCAAGCAUGAUGACUAUGGAUACGGACAUGAUGACUACUCCUAUGGAUAUGGUAGCAAGGGUUCCAAGGGCAGCAAGGGAUCCAAGGGUGGUGAUUACGGCUAUGGAGAUGACUACUACUAUGGCAGCAAGGGCAGCAAGGGCUCCAAGGGUGGUGGUUACGGCUAUGGAGAUGACUACUACUAUGGAAGUAAGGGAUCCAAGGGCAGUAAAGGUGGCAGUUAUGGCUACGGUGAUGACCACUACUACCCAGCCGACGAUUACAAACCUCUAGACGACUACUACCCUCCACCAGGUGACGACUACUACCCUCCACCAGGUGACGACUACUACCCAUCCACUGAUGACUACAAACCUGUCGAACCUGUUUAUGAGCGUGAACCUCCAGCAACGAGCACAGAAACCACAGAAACGACAGAAACCACAGAAUCGACGGAAGGAGCAUCAACCGGAAAGAAUAGUGGGCGAACCUAUCCAUCAGGCUACGAAGGAAACUAUUGA